AUGACUCCUUUCAGCGCCUCAGUCAAUGCCAAUACUGGAGCUGCUGCCUUCACUCCUGGCACUGUCACUGCCAGCCAGCAUGGGGGGGCACUGCCCCAGCAGUCCGUCUCUGAUGGAGCUCUGAUGGUGGGCAGCAAACCCCUGUCUCGUGUGGCCAGCGGGGCAGAGCAUUACCCAGAGACAGUGGAGGCCCUGAGGGAUGUGGGCAGGCUCAGGGAGAGACACAACACCCUGGAGACCAGAGUAGAGCUGCUGGAAGCAGGCAAGGCCGACCAGGCCCAGCUCCAGCACCUCCGGGAGCUCCUCACUGACUUGGGUGACAGGGAUGUGCCUGACAAACUGUUGGAUCAACUGAAUCAUCUGAGAGUUCUGGUCGACAGCCUGAUGGGUGACAGAGCCAAGCUGGGAGAACUGGAGCAGCUGAUUCUGAACAUAGGAACAGUUCAGGGCUCAGAGAGAGGCUCAGAAACAGCCAAAGGGUCAGACAGUGAGGACUCCUCUGACUCUCCUAAGCAAGGACAGCUCAGACUGCAGAUAUUAUACCUCAGGAACGCAGUGCAGCAAGUGGAGGAAGAGGUGCUACUGCUGAAGACUGAGAACACCUCAGCCAAGAUGGACAACCUGCGAGGCAUACUGGAGGACAUGAUGGCGUCCUCCUCCUCGCUGCUUUCCCAGAGCCUCCAGCAGGAGCCCCAGGGGAAGGUCAGCCAGCUGUUCCAGCGCUAUGAGAAUCUGCAGGGCCUGGUUAGCAGAUUCAUGAAUCAGCAGGGAGGAGGCAGACCUGGAGCAGAGAGCUCUGAGCUGAUGAAUGACGUUCAGGGAGCCAUCAUGCAACUGCAGGCUGAGUGUGAGAAGCUCCACGGCACAGCCGACCACCUGAUUGAGGAGCACAGCCAGAAACAGGUCCACAUCGACCAUCUGUACAAGUCCAUGGAAGAACUGGACGAGAAGAAAGCUGACAAAGAGCUUGUGGAGAUGGAGAUUGAAAUCAUAGCAGACAAGCGUGCCCUGGAGACCAAGGUGAGCCGCAUGCAGUUUGACUCCAUGACAGAGGAGCUCAACACCAUGUUCCAGGAGCUGCUCAGCAAGAUCACCGGCCAGGAGCAGGACUGGCACAAAAUCAUUGACAAAAUCUCCACCGAGAUGGAGUGCAAGUACAUUUGUUGUCUAUCUGUGUAUCUGGACCGGAUUGAGCUGGAUCCUGUGAAGAAGCAGCUGGAGGACCGCUGGAAGAGCAUCCGUAAGCAGCUGCAGGCCCAGCCUGCCCCGAAGGAGGACGACGCUGCAGGCAUCAGGAAACAACUAGUGGCAAGGUUCCACUGCAUCUCCUGCGACCGCCCAGUCGAUAUGCUUACCCCAGGACCACACUUGGUCACCCUGCCCUCCACUCCUGGCCUACCCUCCCACAAGUCCAACCGACCGUACACAAUCUAUGAGCUUGAGCAGGUUCGCCAGCACUGCAGAAGCGAGCGCAUCCCUGAGAUGGCGGACUACAGUUACCUGGCCAUGUCCCAGAGCUGUGGAGGCAGCCACACCGUGACCUACCCCAACUGCCGCUACACCCGCCUGCAGCACUUCAGCCACUUCAUCCAGGCUGAGGAGGAGACACCGCCCAUCUCCAGCUCCCCACUGCGCAUUCAGAGUUGGGCUCGCAGUGCAGGGAUGCAGAGGUAA